AGAAAAACCCAUUUGUGGUUCCUAACAAAAACGCCAAUAUCGCUCCAUUCUUCGACAACGGUAAAACCAUAAUAUAAACAUAACGGCAAUCAGUUACAGUAUUUGUCAACACAUGAUUUAUCUCUUGUUUCUAUUAAAUUAAAUUAUGAGCUCCAAAGGUUAUUCGACAAUUCAGCUACUUGAUCAAAGUGAUUCUGAUGAUGAAAAAAUAAUUGUUCAAAAAGAAAAAAAUCACUUUGAGUUUCAAGAGUUUCCACAUCCUGUAGAUAUUCUUUCAGAGACAGAAAGAGGAGAAAUAAAAUCUACUACUUUGGAAGAUUCAGAUGAUGAUGAAAAGGACGAUAAAAAAGAAUUGCUUAAAGGAACAAAAAAGGAACCAUCAUUUUGGACAUUUGAAUACUACCAAGCAUUUUUCGAUGUCGAUACAUAUCAAGUAUUGAGUCGAAUUCUUCACUCUGUGAUACCUAGCUAUCAAAAUUAUUUAUUGACAAAAAUUAGACCUAAUCCAGACUUAUACGGACCUUUUUGGAUAUGUUCAACACUGGUAUUUACUAUUGCUAUUUGUGGAAAUUUAUCAAGUUUUUUUGCUGCUGAAGGAAGUCUUAUACAUUUUAAAUCAGAUUUUCAAUUAGUUUCACUCUCAGCAUGUGUAAUAUUUUCCUAUGGAUGGGUUGUCCCAGCAAUUUCAUGGGGCUAUUUAACAUGGCGUGGAAAUCCUGUAGGAUUCUCAUUUCUUGAAAUAGUUUGUGUUUAUGGGUACUCUUUGGCUAUAUUUAUACCAAUUUCAAUUAUGUGGGUUGUUCCUUAUGAUUGGCUGAGAUGGAUUUUUGUGGCAAUUGGUGUUUUAACUUCUGGAUCGGUUUUGGUUAGAACUUUUUGGACAGCGUUGCAAGAUGAAAGCAAAAAAGUUGCUUUUCUUUUCGUUCUUGCAAUAAUUGCACUACACACCAUAUUAGCCGUUGGAUUUAAACUGUAUUUCUUUAAAUCCAUCCGUUAUGAUGUUCUUUACUCUCAAGUAGUUGCGUCUGUUUUGCCUUCAAAAGGAAAUCUUAAUUCGCAUAGUACAAUGAAACCUAACGGCUAGUUUCUACCUAUUUAAUAUUUUUUUGGAUAUGUAAGAUAAUCAUGGAUUAUUUAUUUCUCUCCAUAAUAAAACUUUAUAUUGUAAA